GUUUUUACACUCCACACAGACUGAGACGCCACACUGAGCUCUGGACACUCGCUGUGAUCAACAGAACACACACACACGCUCUUGGCAUGGAUAGCAAAGUAGUAGCGCUGGUGGCGCUGCUGACGCUCGCCUUCUGGAGCCCAGAGACUGACGCGAAGCCCAUCAGUCUGGUGGAGAGGUGCUGGUGUCGCUCAACCCUCAACACCGUCCCGCAACGGAGCAUCCGAGAGAUCAAGUUUCUCCACACUCCCAGCUGCCCUUUCCAAGUCAUUGCCAAGCUGAAGAACAACAGAGAGGUCUGCAUCAACCCCAAGACCAAAUGGCUUCAGCAGUAUCUAAAGAAUGCCAUUAACAAAAUAAAGAAGAAACGCUCAGAGUAAACAGACAAGGCUGUGCGAGGAGGACUGCAGAGAAUCUCUGAAGUCCAAAGAGUCUCGUGUCCUAGAGUCUCGCCCUCGUUGACCACUCUUCCUCUUUCUGGACUGCUUGCACAAACAGCACUUCUUCACCUGAACCUGCCUCUGGAGCAUCAGCUCAACAAACACACACACAAACACACACCGAACGCAUUCAUCGUCGCCGCACACUGCUAAUAUUUACCCUCGCACGAGUCUGUGUGACUGAAUGUGAAGGCCAGGGAGAUAUUUACAUGGUUAAAAGACAGUAAAAAUGAGAGUUUGUGGAUUUGUGUGCUAGCUGUGAGAGAUGUUUAGUUUUUAGGAUAGUUUGAGGUUAGUAAGGGACGUUUGCAAGUGAAAACAAAAAAGUAAGCAGAAAGGUAAAACUGCCCCUGUUCAAGCUCACUUUUGCAUUGUUUUGCUGCUAGGCUUUAGUAUAAGUGCUUAAAAUCUCACAUAAGCUAAUGCUAAUGGAUAAUGCUAGCUUUGCAAUUCAGCUACGAUCAUUAUAGCUUUGUGAACCAACAAUGCUAACACCAGUUCUGUGAUAAAACAAUGCUAAUAUUAGCUCUGUGGCCAAGCGUUGCUAACAUUAGCUCAUGCUAAUGGUUGCUUUGUGGUCCAGUAAUGCUAAAAUAAGCUUUAUUGUCCAGCAAUGUUAGCUCCUUGGGCAAACAAUGCUAAAAUUCAUUAUGUGGUCCAGUAAUGUUAACCUAAGCUCUGUGACCCAGAAUGCUAAUGCUAACUCUGUGGUCAAACUUUGCUAAAACUCAUUCUGUAGUCAUUUAAUGCUAAUAUUAGCUCUGUGGUCCAGCAAUCUAAAGGCUCGUACACACUGGGACACUCUUUGUUUGUGUUAAUCGGCAGAGUUUUUUUUUUUUUGGUAGUUUUUUUUAGACAUUUUUCCAAAGCGAUUUUCUCUGGCGUUGAGCAGAAGAGAAUGCAAAAUCACUUCUUGACGUUAGAUGGCGCUACACAACUUUAAGCUUCUGACACCCGCUUGUAACACAGAAGAAGACAGAAAGUUGGCACGCUUGUUGUUAAAGUUACUGGCGUUAAAGUUACUUAACGGAAAACGAGCAUGAGGCGUUUCUUUAAAAAUGACGCUUUUACACCUGCCGUUUUGUGCGUUGGUGUGCACGAUCACAUUGCCGCUCUUUAUUUAGUCAUGAGGCAUUAAACGUCGAUGGAAAAUGCAAGCAAAAAGCGUCCUGGUGUGCACAGGUGUCCUUAACGCUCUUUGGUCCAACAUGCUAACAAUAUAUCUGUGAUCCAACAAUGCCAACGCUAGCUCUGUAAUCCAGCAAUGCUAAAUCUUGCUCUGUUCCAAAACCAAAACAAACCACUUACCAACUUUUUUAAAGCAAUAUGACUUGUAUUUAACAAAUAAACUAAUCGCAGAAUGUAAUACUCUCGAUUAAAGAUCUAAGAUGGCGAACAUUUAAUACAUUUUAUAGAGUUUUCAUUAAUGUUAACAACAUUAAAAACAAGCAAACAUUGUUACGUGUUGCUUUAGGGGUCUAAAAGCUCACCAUACAUACUAAUGAUCCAGAAUGCUAAUGCUAAUUUUGUGAUUCAGCAUGCUAAAGUUAUGCAAUCCAGAAAGGCUAAUGCUAACUUUAGAAUUCUAUAUAGCCCUAUGGUAAAACAUGCUAAUGCUAAUUCCAUUCCAAAACCUACAAAGUGACCUACAAAGUGACCUAUCUAGACGCUAGACGCUUACGUCAACUACAUAACUGUUUGAAAUCAAUUGUGAGGCGACAAAUUUGUAUAACAUUUAAAAUCAGUUAUGAUAGUUACUGUGAUGUCUGUUGUGUAGCGCACUAUGUAGGCAGCAGAUAGCGAGGUUUUGGAACAGAGACUUUUAAUGAAGGCACGCUACUACAGGAAGUAGAAUCAAAGCUUCCUGUAUUCCUUUCUUACUGCUACUUGUGUGUAGCAAACACCAGACACUGAAAUUCAAGAAGAAAAAGUGUGUGUGAAUAAAGCAGGUGUUGUAAUGCAAUCACGCCAUGGCAGCUUAACUUCUGUCUGCGACAUUUCAUGACUCAGGCCUUAAUGAACAGCAUUUACAUACCGAUCUUUACUGUCGAGUGCCCUCAUACUGGCUGCAGUUUGGAUCAACUUGUAAAUAUUCUCCAGCACUAAAUGGCUGUCAGUGAAUGGGUUGAACAGGGACCAAAACUGAAGCGCAAGCGACUUGUAGACUAAGUUAAUAUUACUGUAUGUAUUCCGUAUAUAGCGUGUUUUGUUUUUAGCCACAGGAUGAAGAGAUGUGAGUUUUUGGUUUUUAUCACACGUCUAUCUAACACACCCGAUUCUGAUGUUUUGACUCAAAUGCCCGAUUGCUGUAAUGUUUUUGAGCCACUUUAAAAAUAUAUAAGGAUUUUUUUUAUGUAACGAUUUAUUUUUGUAUUUUGUAUUGAUCAUUAUGAAUAAAAACACAACAGUACAAUA